AGCAAUCCUCCGUUCUGCACAUAAAAAUUACAUUAUUUUUAGUAAACCUUGUUCAGGGAUCAAAAUGCCCUAAGUUAUGACAUUUGAUGGCCUACCUGGCAGGUGUAACAACCAAAAAUAGCAUAAUGUUGACAAAUCUAAAAAAAUUUGGCGGAACAAUGAGUUGGCGAAAAAAGUUAAAACUCACCCAAAAAAAACCAUGUCUGGACAUUGUAAAUCAAGUGCGAAUGUGGGAUUGGACCAUCACCUCUCUUUCUCCGGAAAAUCAUGGAUCGAUCUCACAUUAGUGACGUCAUUUGUUGAUGACUGGAAACGAGGCUUACUCAAAGAUGGCUUCGCAAGAUAAUUGGUGGGCUAAGCCACUUCCACCGAACUGGGAGGCCAAAUAUGAUGCCAAUACUCAAAGACAUUUCUACAUAGACCACACAACACAUAAAACAACCUGGGAAGACCCUAGAAAAGAGUACUACGAGAAACAAAAAUCAUCUGGAACUCCCUUAUGUACAGCAUGUGGUGUAAAAAAGGUACAGGUUCAAGGGGAACAGUGCUGGAACUGUAGGAUUACCAAUGAGUUUCAAAUAGACAGAACAGCAGGGGAUGAAAGUGAAAGUGAUGAUGGCAGUCUUGGUCUAGCAACAGUCGAUCAGGAGAUGUUGCAGAAAUUAAAGGAAAUGUUUCCAUCAGUCGGAGAGCCAGUUAUAGCAGCAGCUUUAGAGAAGAAUGCUAACGUUGAAGGCCUGGCAAUCAUGGAUUUAACAGUGCAGGGGUAUACCAAGAGUGUGGACCCUAAGAUAGUUGAACGAAACAAGGCUGUACGGAGACUUAAGGCACUGUAUCCAUCAGCAGAUGAAUCUCUGGUUAAAGACAUACUUGCAGGUGUAAACAAUGAUGAGAACAAAGCAUCUGAAAAAUUGAAGAAAAUGUUUGAACCUGAACCUAAACCAUCUAGUUCAAACCGUGCAUCACCAGCUAGGGCAUCUCCGAAAAGAUCUGAACUCAGCCAAGCUGUAAAGACACAUUUGCAAGAAAAGAUGCAACAAGAGUUCUCCACACAGGCCAAGACAGUGAUUGAAAUGGCCCUUGAUGCCUGUCAGUUUGAUGAGACUAAAACACGCCAUCUUCUUGAGAGCAUGUCUUCACCUACUCGUGAAGUAUCUGCUAGCUCAGAAGCCAGCUCUAGACCACUUACAGGUGAUGUCUCACUUUCAGAAGUGACAUUUUCUGCAACUACUCCCAAAACAUCAAUUUCAAGCUCCACACCUGGUGCCUCAACCUCCACAUCCAAUAAGAGUAAGAGUAAUAAGAGAGCCACCUCCCCAACCAAGAAAACAAACACAACCAAGGCUAAAGCUAAAACCAAGACUGCCAAUGUUCAUACACAUGUAAUCCCCAAGCAGAAAAGCCCAAAGAAGCAUGCAACAACUGGACAGUAUGUGUCAGCACUGAGAACCCAUGCAGCUGGUCCUGAUGGCAGCCUGGUGCAAGGGCAUGAUAAAUCAAACCUUCUUGACACCUAUGUUCCUCAGUUUGGUCCACAGAAGGCCCACAGACAUGGUCCUGACCCUAAUUUACAUAGUGGAGACAAUGAGCACUCUGCAUCUGAGGGACCAGACCACAAACUCUACCAUGGACCAGAUCAUUCUCUCUACACAGGUCCAAAUCCAGAGUUAGCUAAGGGACCCGGACACUACAAUGAAGUAUAGAACUCAGAUCCGAUAUUCUCAGAUUAUGUCUUGGCUACAUCCAAAUCCAGAGUAAUCUAAGAUGGACAUUGGCACUUCAAGAGAAGAGUACUGGUCCUCUUGAUACUAGAUUAGUAUCAAGAGAGCCUUAAUGUUGUAAUUAGGUAUCAGGAUCUCCCCCUUGUUUGUUCAUCUCAUUGUUCAACUUAUUUGAGUGUGAUGUAUUGGAAUAAUGGGUCAAAAGGGUUUGAAGCAAGACUAGUGAACUUCUAAAUUUAACAUCUAUUGAACAACCCCUAUUCACGGCCGCACAUUAGUUUUCUAAUGAACUGAAAUACAUAUUUAAGUGAUGGACUUCUCUGAUAUUCUCCACAUUAAGUUAUUACAUGAAUACUCCUAAAAUUACAUCUAAGGGGCCAUAUCACUACAAAGAAGUACUUAAACACAACUUGUCCAGUUAGUAUAGUUUUUACCACUUUUUCAAUCCACUGAUAUUAUAAUAUUGUUAGUAGAUACCUACUAUAUAGGGGGACUCAAGUAUAUUACAGUUUCCAUUUUAUAGUUCAGUUGUAUUGUGCGACAGAAGAUGAUAUUAGCAAUUAUAUGUGACUGUACAUAUGUAUGUUUUGUGCAUCAUAUUUUAUCCUUGUGCAAUCUCAUAAACCAGGUCACCUGAAUUAUAUAAUAAUUAUAAUGUUAUACAUUUAUAGUU